CAGACUGAUUGAAAGAGCUUCCGUCCAAUCUGCUACCGGCUUUUGAUAAACGCUCCAAUAACGUUUCACAGUGUCGACACGGUGGGCGGAUUCUCUCGAGGGAUCGCUCGGCUGCCUAGCGCUAGGAUGGAGGGCAAGGGAAAAGGAGGGGGCUAGUUGCGACGGUAGCGAGAGCAGUCGCGUCCCGCGGGGGACUGCAGGCGACUGAGCCGACAAGGCGGCGGCCGUGAAGCAGUUAACCCUGCAGGGGGAGAGGGAGAGAGAGAGAGAGAGAGAGAGAGAAAGAGAGACAACGGCCGUUCAACGAGUGCCGCUGAUUGCCUGCCUCCUCCUCCUCCUCCUGCCCUCCCCUCCCCGUUAGUUACCCCGCCCGUCAGCUCGCGCUCCUUCAGGCUCCUUCUAAGCUUACCCUAGUCCGGUCCGGUCCCGCAGUUACCAUAGAGACGGCGACGACGACUGAGGCGCCACCACCGCCUGCUUGCAAGCCAUGGGCCGGAGUCUGCUGCUGAGCUGUGCUGGGCUGAGCUGGAGGGGGCCGCGACUCUGCUUAAAUGGAAGCCACUUCUGGGAACUUGAUGGUCUCUACUGACAUAGGCUUUGCAUAGCCACUGUACCAUCCCAGAGAUUGCAAUGAGUGGAGGAGGGGAACAGCCGGAUAUUCUUACUGUGGGGAUAUUGGUAAAAGAAAGAUGGAAAGUGAUAAAGAAGAUUGGAGGUGGAGGAUUUGGAGAAAUUUACGAUGCAAUGGACAUACUUACUCGAGAGAAUGUUGCACUGAAGGUCGAGUCAGCGCAGCAGCCAAAGCAAGUUCUGAAAAUGGAAGUAGCUGUGUUGAAAAAACUGCAAGGGAAAGAUCAUAUUUGUCGAUUUGUAGGCUGUGGAAGGAAUGACAGAUUUAAUUAUGUGGUCAUGCAAUUGCAGGGGCGGAAUUUGGCAGAUUUGCGUCGAAGCCAAACUAGAGGGACUUUCACAAUUAGUACGACAUUGCGUCUUGGGAAGCAAAUUCUGGAGUCUAUUGAGAGCAUUCAUUUGGUGGGAUUUUUACACAGAGAUAUUAAACCAUCUAAUUUUGCUAUGGGACGCUUUCCGAGUACCUGGAGGAAGUGUUAUAUGCUGGAUUUUGGCUUGGCACGUCAGUUUACAAACUCCUGUGGGGAUGUCAGACCACCCCGAGCUGUUGCCGGUUUUAGAGGUACAGUGCGGUAUGCAUCAGUCAAUGCUCACAGAAAUAGAGAGAUGGGACGUCAUGAUGAUCUUUGGUCUUUGUUUUAUAUGUUGGUGGAGUUUGUUGUUGGACAACUGCCCUGGAGGAAAAUUAAAGACAAGGAGCAAGUAGGCUCUAUAAAAGAGAGGUAUGAUCACCGUCUGAUGCUGAAACAUCUUCCUCAAGAGUUUAACAUCUUUCUAGACCACAUUUCUUCUUUAGACUAUUUUACUAAACCUGACUACCAGCUUCUCAUGUCCGUUUUUGAUAACAGUAUGAAGAAUUUUGGGGUGACAGAGAGUGAUCUGUUUGACUGGGAAAAAAGUGGGGCUGAUGGUUCUCUCACUACUACCACCACUUCCACUACUCCUCAACUGCAUACUCGACUGACCCCAGCUGCUAUAGGAAUUGCCAAUGCUACACCAAUACCAGGAGAUUUAUUACGAGAGAAUACAGAUGAAGUAUUUCCUGAUGAACAACUCAGUGAUGGUGAGAACGGUAUUGGAAUCUCACCAGAAAAGUUACCAGAGUCCCCUGGACAUCGUCUUCAGGAAAAGGAUGUGUGGGAAGAAAUGGAUGCUAACAGGAAGAAGAUUAAAUUGGACAUACAUAAAGCUACUACAGAAGAAGAAAACAGCCAUGGGCCAAUGAAUGGAAUGUUUAAUGCACCAAGCCUUGGUUCUCCAAUUAGAGUCCGUUCAGAGACCACACAGCCAGAUCGGGAUGUUCCUCUGGUACGAAAGUUACGAUCAAUCCACAGUUUUGAACUGGAGAAGCGCCUGACCUUGGAGUCAAAGCCAGAUGCAGACAAAUUUCUGGAAAUCUGCAUGGAAAAAAAGAAGAGAGAUCUUAAUACUGGCAAAGAACCUGUAAUUCCAGCUUCUCAGAAAACACGUGCUCCCGCAGCUUCUUCCUGUCAGGAACACGUCUGGCAUUAUGAUGAAGAGUAUCUGCCUGAAGCUUCCAAGCUGGUUUCAGGUCCUUCUCCAGAACAGGGUGAUGGUGGUGUUAGCAACGGAUAUGUCGCUGUCAAUUUGAAUUCCUGCCAGCAAGAGAUAGACUCUAAGGAAUGGGUGAUUGUUGAUAAAGAGCAGGACCUUCAGGAUUUCAGAACUAAUUGUGCUACAGGGCAUAAAACAACAGGAAGUCCUUCUGAUGAAGAACCUGAGGUACUCCAGGAUUUUGAAGAGUCCCCCCAAGAGGAUAAACUUGGACUUCAAACCAAGCAUGUACCUGAUGGAGCAGCACUUAAUUUAGGCACUGAAUGUUGUGGAAUUGCAGCUUCUGAGCAGUUUACAGAUCAACUAGAACUCCCAGUUGGAAUUGCUGGCCAUGCUCUUGCUGUCACGCCUACAAGCCUAAUGGAUGCACAAGCAGAAGGGGCUCUUACUCCACUCAGCUCAUUUCAUAUGUCACAUUUCUCCAUCCCACGAAUUUCAAGCCCCAACAUCUUCUGUACCCUGAACCCUAUCUCGCACUUCAUCACCCACAUGGAUCCUAAGAAAGUGACAAGCUUUCCAAGGAGUCAAUCAGCAGAGAGCCACUCUUCCUCUUCCUGGUCACCUUCCUGUAGGCAACUUCCUGUUAUUCCCUCUGGAAACAAGUUUCCCACUGUCAUUCACAUCUCAAAAGCACAACUUCAGCAGGUUACAAUCCCCAGGCCAUCAAUGGCAUCCACACAGUCUACUUCUGAGAGUUUUCAUUACGGGCAGCAUCUAGACAAGAAAGAUCGGGAUCCUCGGGUUUUGGAACAUACAGUUGAACUUUCCUCCCCUAGGGAGAAUGUUGCUGCCUUGCAAAUGGCAAAUGGUGCAUUGACUUUUAGCAGCAGUAGAACAGAAUUAAUUCUCAAAUUAGAUUGCAACCAAGGGACACUUGAUAAAGAUGUUGAUGAAGGCAUUGAAAACCAGAAUAAUAGCCAAACAAAUUUACUUGAACAAUACAUGAAGAAACAAGAAGGAAGGGAAAACGUGAAUCUUGUUGAAGGAAUAGAUGACAAAGAGCCUUUCAUUGCUUGUGAAGAUGCUGUUGAAAUACAAAUUAAGGAACCCUGCUUAACUGCUUCAAGAAGCACAGAAUCUGUUUUGGAUGGACCUCAGGUUAUUUCAGACCCAGAAGAACCAAGACCUUUGGCUAGCUGCUCCUUACUAAAUCAGGGUACAAAACAGGAAUUACAGAAACAGUCAGCUGCUGAAACAUCAGAUGUUUCUCUGUCAAGAAGCACUGACCUAUUUGCUUACAAACAUGAAAGUCAAGAAAUACAAGUACAUGAAAAUGGCUUCCAUGAUGAGGAUAUUGAUCAUGCUAAGGAAUUGCAAUGCCAGCAAGUAAAACUUGCCACACUUUUGCAUGAAACAGAAAAAGAAGAGCAAAGUAUUCAAAGAAAUGGAGAACUAUUCUAUUCUAUUUCAGAGAAUGAAACUUCUAGUCAGUCCAAAAGAGAAUUAGUUAGAUCGCCAUUUGUAGCUAGGCAGAGUCGCAUACCAGUUUUAGCACAAGAGAUAGAUUCCUCAUCAGAAUCUUCUCCUGUUUCAGCAAAGGAGAAGCUACUUCUAAAAAAGGCCCACCAAACGGACUUGGUUAGACUAUUGGUAGAAAAGCGACAGCUCAGAUCUUUCCUGGGUGACCUUUCAAGUGCCUCCGACAAGUCACUGACGGAAACAGCAGUAGCAGGUUCCAUGCCAUUUUCAGAAGAUGUAUUGACCUCCUUUUCCAAAUUAACAUUGGACACUCAUUUGCGGAGUCAAGUACAAGAGAGCUUUUUGUCAUCAAAUAAUCCUCAACCCAGAAAGAGCAAAAUACCAAGACCUGUAUCUUGGACUACUACAGAUAAUAUUAGCACUUCAAACUCAGCUCAGUUUUUUCCUCGGCCACCCCCAGGAAGACCACCAACAAGGCCUGGAGUAGAGGUUAGGUUGCGGAGGUACAAAGUGCUAGGAAGUAGCAGUUCUGAUUCAGACCUGAUCUCCCGCCUGGCUCAGAUCCUUCAGAAUGGAUCUCAAAAACCACGAAGCCCUUCACAAUCUAAGAGUCCAGGAUCUCCACAUAGCCCCAAGACUCCACCCAAAAGCCCAGUCAUUCCCAGACGCAGUCCCAGUGCCUCCCCUAGGAGCUCUUCUCUGCCCCGUACUGCCAGUUCUUCACCAUCUCGGGGUGGAAGGCCACACCAUGAGCAGAGAAGUUCAUCCCCACAUCUUGGAAGGAGUAAAUCGCCUCCUAGUCUUUCAGGCUCUUCAUCUUCCAGGAGAUCCUGUCAACAAGAGCACUGCUACAACAAAUCUAGCAAAAACGGUCUGAAAGGAUCUAGUAGUUCUUGUCAUCACUCUUCUAGCAUUAAACCUCCCACUGGAAAGAACAAAUCAGCCAAUAAACUUAGCAGAUAGGAACUGAAUCUUGUCAGGUGUCAACCCCCCCUCUCCAUUCAAUCUAAUGCAUGUUGUGUCUGUGUACUAUGUAUUUUUAAAAAAGGGACCGUCUUCAAAGAUUAGCAUUUAUCCUGACUUUUGGAGAAAAACUUUUCAGAUGAAUUAUUUAUAUGGCUCACUUUGUAUAGGAGUGGCCAGGCAUUGCCCACGAAAGGGCAGCAAGCAGAUCAGGGAAGCUGGAGAUUGGAAAUGGAGCAGCCAGAAAGUCCAUCUGGAAUCACAUUGUUUGGGAGAUUAGUGUUUUAAUAUGAUUUUUCUUUCCUUUUUAUUUAUUAAAACAAUAAACUGAUUUUCAUCAAGGAAAAUUAUAAAACCUGAAAGAAAUGUAUUGGGACACUACUAGGCUUGAGGUUUAAUCAGCUGCUAUGUGUUUAAGCACAUUAUUUGGGACAGCAAAUUCUACAAAAUCUUCUGUGUAAUAUUGGCCUUUUUCACAAACAAUUUUACUUUGGUCAUUGCCCACAUUCCUUCUUUAAAAAUAAUUAUUUCACCAAAAGAAAAAAGUAUUUAUAUAAUUGCACAGGAUUACAACCCUGUAUUUUAAGAGCUUGAGGUAACAAUGUGUACAGAUCCCAAAGCUUCUAUUAUCUGUUUGGGUUCUGAUCCACUUGAUUUCUUAACUGUUUAUUCAUUUCUAGGAACAGUUCCAAUUAUAAAAUAAAAGUCAGAUAAUCUUAAAUUAUGGUAGAAAUACAAAGGGUUUGGGAUCAUGUAACAUCUUUAUAGUUACAUUAGACUGCAACUACUUCUCAGGGCAUCACUGAGAGAGCCAGUGUAAAACUUAAGUAGAAUCUUUUAUCUUUUAUGAAAUACUUCAUUCACUUAACUUUACUAUAAUGUUCAUCUCCAGUGUUAUCAAACUGAAGAAGAGGUGAAAUGUUUACACAUUUAAACUUGAAACUUCAUCCUUAAUCUAGAAGACAAUUGAAGCUUUAAACUUCUUUAUAAAAGUGAUUGAAGUAUGCUAGAGAAAAUUAGCAGAUCCUUUAUUUUCUCUAGGAGGUAAUACUUGCUAGGAUAAAGUUACAAGACUGUAUUUGAAAUGUUAAAGUCUCUAAUCCUAUAUUGUAUAGAAAAAAGUAGUAUGUGCAUUUCCCAAUAUGUACAGCCAAUACCUGACCAGUAGUGCUAUAUCUAUGAAAGGGGAUUGCAGUAUCCUCAUGAUUUUGCCAUAGUGUAGAUGUACAUGGUAGAUUCCCUCCCACUUCCUCCAAAAUAUGCUUGAUUUGAAAUAUGGAAAAGAGGACACUAAAACUUGUGUUUAAAGAUAGUCUUCCAUUCCCCAAAAACAUUACUUAAUGAAUAAGAUUGGCAGUUUCUAGUUUUCCCAAACACAGGUGUGAUUGAUUUAGACUGCCAGAUUCAGAAAUCAGUGAUGGAAUGGAAUACAAUGUAGAAUGUAACGUACUGUAAGUAUAACCAGUUCUUUAAAUGGAGAUCUGGAUUAGAAGAAGCUAAGUAUAAGAGGAACUUUGGCAAUUACUGAUCUGCUUGUUGUAGUCAUCAUACGCCUUAGCCAACAUAAAUUCUUUUUAAUUUAAUGUUAUUUUAUUUGCUGCCAAAAUUGUAACUCUGGAUAAAAAAGGGAACAUUUUCUCUGUGAGCUAACACAUUUCUAAUGCUGCAUUGAAGCUGCACUGAAUUCUCUUGUUCUGUCAGAAUGUGUUGGAAAUUUUUUACUCUUAAAUAUGUAUUUUCCCCCAUAAGUAAUGUAGCACAGUGUGGAAUUGUAGCCUCAUUCAGGUUUCAAGCACUACAGAGGGAGUGCACUAGCUGGAGCAUAUUUCCUAUACUUUGAGAAACUGAAUGAUUUAAAAGAUCUGUUGUAUUAUAUUGUAUAAUAGGUGCUAUACCAAUAAUUGCAUGUUCUUAUAGUAAGUUAUAUAUUAUAAAUAUUUAUAAAUAUAUACAUACAUACACAUAUAUGCUUCUAUAUACUUUCCCGAUUUUCCCAUUACAUUUGUAAAAUUAUGGAACACAGAUCAUGCUGUAUUUCAGUUACGUGCCUGAAUUAUAUGCCCUUUGCCUUGCUAUUCCUGUUUGCUGGCAUGCACAAAGCUGAAUAUUUUUCAUGCUCAGUUCAGAACAGAAAGAGUACUCAAAAUGGAGUUGUUCGGCAAUUCAGUGUUUUGUAUCAGCAUUGACAGUUCCCUUUUACAAUUCUGAAUAAAAUGGAAGGACUUUGAGAAACUAUGUGUUUAAUAGUCAAGGUCAGUGUAGGGUCUUGAUUUUGUCUUUUCAUCCUCUUUCUGUAUCUUUCUAACCCCUUAUGAGAACUUUUUCUGUUAAAGUGUGUGUCAUGAUACUGUUGGUGAUAAAUAGAUAUGUGUGAUAUAAAAAAAGUCAAGACUUUUUCUUCAUCUUGCCUUGCCAGCUUUUACCCCUCUACUUGUUGCAACAAUGCAGGGACUCUCUCUUUAGGCUUCUGACAGUAAAAAAAAGUCAGGUUGUUUUUUUUUGUUGUUGCAUUUAUUAGCUCUAUAGAAAUACAUUCAGCCAAGCACAUUAUUCCAAUCACUUGGGUGCUUGAAAUAUUCUACAUGUUCAGCUCUUUUCCAAUAAGUGCUUCCAGGGAAUGUAUUGUGAAGCUGUAUAAUUUGAGUUGAUAUAAAAAACAACAAAGCUAUAUGAUUUCUUUAUUAUAAUUCCUUUUUGGGGGAUUGAUAUCAAUUCAUCUGGUUUCUCAAGUCCAACUUCAAAAAUCAUUCCUUUACAUAUAACCAUUUUAAAAUUAUUUGCAUAAUCUGCAACGUAUAUAUAUAUAUAUGUAGGUCUUUGGUUAUUCGGGUUUUCUCCCGCGUAAAAUUGGAAGUGUCUUGGCGACGUUUCGACGAAG